AUGAAUAUAUUUUGGGUUGGCUCGACAGGGUCCGACCCUCUACUAGUUUCACACCCGUGCGACAUAAGAACGCCAAAUCCCUACAGGAAUGUCGUAUCGACAUAUAGAAAUAUAGAUGAAACGGCCAUAUUGAAAGAAAUAAGUAAGAGUUAUAUUUUGAUACCGAAGAAGCAUUCAGUCUCCGAAAGCAACAAUACUUAUUCCAUACCAGCUACUUCGAGUGUAACAAAUUUAUCCAAUGAUACUGAUUGGAAAAGUAAAUAUGACAUACUUAAUGAAUUAAAACAAAACGAUAAAGAUGAAUAUAUUAAGAAACACCGAGAUGCACCACAAACUUUAAGCCUGUCAGAAAGAUUAUAUGAUAAAUACGACUUUCCGGAAAAAGACAAUAAUUCAAAUAAACAGGUCAACAUAAACGAACCACACUCCGAACAAAUAAAUGCUUUGAAUAAUGAAGAUCAACCGCGUAAAACUAAUGAAUAUCAACCGCAACAAAUAAAUAAAUAUACAUGUAACGAAACGUUUGAUGCUAAAAAUCAUUCCCUGGAAGAUGAAAAGGGUCAUGUUGCAAGUAAAGAUACAGAUUUACAUAAAAAAAUUGGUAAUGAUACUACACAAGAUACUGGAAAGUUGAUGUCUGAACUAGACGUUGUAGUUAAUAAUGAAAAUUCACUGUUGAAACUAGAUAAUCAGUUUUUCGAUACAGACCAUGAUAAAACAAAUGAGUUAGAAAAUAAUGACAUAAAUGAUGAAUUAAAUCAAAGCAAUCAAGAUAUUCAAUUUAAAAAGAAAGAAAAUGAUAUCCUCGAUAACUUUGCCGAAUCUGUAAAUCAGAAAAGCAAAGAUUUAGAAACAAAAAUUUCAUACGACAAUAAGGAUGAAUACACUGAUUUAAACGAUCAAAGUCGUAAAGAUAUUUGUCAACCUAUAUCUACUCCUGAUAAAAAGCAGCAUGAAAUAAAUAUUUUAACAUUACAAAACUCCGAUUCAAAUGAUAACAAAAAAGAUAAAUUUGAAAGUACAGAGCGGAUAGAAGAAAAUGUUGAAAACGUAAUUAAAACUCAAGACAUUAAAAAAGACGAUAACAAUUUGGAAAUUGUCGAAACUUCCAAAGGUUUCGAAGAAUCCAUUUUAAUCGGUUCAAGUGAGCAAUUUCAAACGAAUGUCGAAACAACUGAUCUUCUUAAAGAUACAAACGAGAAUGAUACAUCUCAAAUAAAAGAAUAUGAGGAUGAACAGAAAAAUAUGUUUUAUUCAGACAACCCCAAUGAAAACUAUGCAUAUAAUGAAGAGUUAGGAGGAAACGCUACUGAAAAUGAGAAUUAUGAAAACAACGAACAAUACUCUUAUUACGAGGCCGUUAAAGAUCAGGCCAACUAUGGCACAGAAAUAAAUGAACAUUUAGAAUCAACGGAGCGUUACGAUCCUAAUUAUGAGCAACAAUAUGAAAACCAAUAUGAUGGCAAUCCUACACAAUACCAAAAUGAAAAUUAUGAACAGGUAUAUUAUAAUGUAGAAGAGCAAAAUCAGGAUUAUCAACAAGAACAAUAUCAAAAUUACGACCCACAAAACUAUGAACAGCCAUAUCAUCAAUCAGAUAAUCCUGUUGCUCAGCCACAAUAUGAUAAUGUAUAUGAUAAUCAUACUGUAGAACAAGAAAAUCCAAACAUUGAAUAUGAACAAGAUAUUAUGACCACCCAAAUAUCAAAUGAUGAACCUCAAGUGGAAAGACAGGUAGAUAUUGGAAAAAGAUAUGAUAAUGAUGAAACAGGAAACGAAAUUAUAGAAACUGUAUCGCCAGCAGAAAUUUCUCAAGCAGGAGAAACAACAACUGAUACAGAAAUAUCAUAA